AUGUUGAAAGACAAGUGUAUAUGUUUGAUAUGUCAAAUAACAAUAUCCACUACAAAAAAAGGUAAUCUAGAAAGACAUUUUAGAACUACGCAUUCGAAAUUUGAUAUAGAUUUCCCUCCUAAAACUGAAGUACGUAAAAAGCAAUUGGAAAAAUUAAAACUUGAAAUUGAUAAACAACAAUUGAUUUUUACUAAACCAGUUUUAAAAUCCAAAGCAGCAUUAAUUGCUUCAUUUCGAAUUAGUCAUGUUUUAGCUAAGAAUAAAAAAUCAUUUCAAAUCGGUGAAAUAGUAAAACAAGCUUUUUUAGAAGACACAGAUGCUUUAUUUGAAAACUUUAAAAAUAAACGAUUUAUAGUUAUCUCGUAA